AUGGAUCACACGCUGCCCAAGACGGCGGCCGCUUUCAUUCUGGCGGAAAAUGGCCCCACGCUGACGCUCGAGGGGACGUAUUCCAUACCACCAGGCGCCGGAGACGAGCCAGCAGAAGAGGAAGAGGCGCCCCCCGACGACCAGCCGCCCAUGCCAGCGUCACCCUACUACGAGGGGCUCGGGUUCGCAUGCAGGACGGGGUGCCCAUUCCCCUCCACGGACGUCCCCUUCCCGCCGAUCGACGCCCCCAAGCCGCCGCCCAUCUCCCCUGCGCCAGAGUGA